UUCGUCUUUUCGAUCAACAGCAACAGCAACAGGUUCUUCAGUACAAAGAAACUUCUUCAUCAGCCAUUGCGUAUUUGACCAUAUUUGACGCGCGGGUCGUGAUCACUGUGUAGAAGUCUGAUGAUUUAUGAUUUGAUCGUUUUCUUCUAAUAUUUAUUGAUAUAUUUACGAGAAAGAUAUUCUAUUUAAGUUGAAAAAUGCCUGCAUCAGAAGCUGAUUGUCAUAGCCGUAAAGCUGUCUUCAAAUUUAAUAAUAAACAUGAAGAGGCACGAAGAAGAAGGAAUGAAAUAUCAGUAGAAUUGCGUAAAGCUAGAAAAGAUGAACAGUUACUAAAACGGCGAAAUUUAAACAUUGGAAAAGAGCCACAAACUCCUGUAGAGGAUAAUAAUCUUUCACCUCUUACAACAUCUAUAGAUGAAAUCUUUGAUGGUAUGAAAUCUUCAGAUGAAACAGUUCUACUUCAAGCAACUCAAGCAUGCAGAAAGAUGUUAAGUCGAGAAAAGAAUCCUCCCAUUGACAGCAUGAUAAAACGAGGAAUUGUUCCAAAAUGUGUUGAAUUUUUGGAUUGUCACCAUAAUGCUGCAUUGCAGUUUGAAGCAGCAUGGGCACUGACUAAUGUGGCAUCAGGAACAUCGGAGCAAACUCAUGUUGUUGUUAAACAUGGUGCUAUACCAAAGUUAGCAGCACUCCUUAAAUCUGCAUCACCUAAUGUUGCUGAGCAAGCUGUAUGGGCACUUGGAAAUAUUGCUGGAGAUGGUCCAAUGGCUCGUGAUCUUGUUCUUGCAUACGAUACUAUGUCACUUUUAUUAGAGUUAAUUAAACCUGAUAUUUCUGUAACGUUUACUCGUAAUAUCGUAUGGACACUAUCAAAUUUAUGCCGUAAUAAAAAUCCACCGCCUCCGUUUGAAAUUGUACGAACUGCUCUACCAGUAUUAAAUCGUUUGCUCAGCAAUCCCGAUAAAGAUGUACUGUCUGAUGCUUGCUGGGCCCUUUCAUACCUCACCGACGGUUCUAAUGAUAAAAUACAAGCGGUUGUUGAAUCUGGAGUUAUUCCAAAGCUUGUAGAAUUACUUUCUUCGCCUGAAGUUACAGUUCUAACUCCAGCACUUCGUGCAGUUGGAAAUAUAGUUACAGGCAAUGAUAUGCAAACAGAUGCAAUAAUUUCAGCAGGUGGUUUACAACAUUUAGGAUUACUACUGCAACAUCAUCGUAUUAAUAUUGUUAAAGAGGCAGCAUGGACUAUCAGUAAUAUUACUGCUGGUAACAUGGAACAAAUUCAGCAUGUCAUUAAUGCUGGUCUGUUACCACCUUUAAUACACGUUUUACAAUCUGGAGAUUUUAAAUCACAAAAGGAAGCAGCAUGGGCUGUAACAAAUUUAACUUCUGGCGGAUCAGUUCAGCAAUUAGCACAACUAGUACAACUAGGAGUAUUAGCGCCAUUUUGUAAGCUGUUAGAAGCCAAGGAGUGGAAAACGGUACUUGUUGUUCUAGAUGGUUUAACUAAUAUUUUGAAUGCGGCAGAAAAAAUGGGAGAAGUUGAUCGAGUGGCUCUUAUGAUAGAGGAAGUUGGAGGUAUAGAUAAAUUGGAGGACCUUCAACACCAUGAAGUAGAAGAGGUGUACCAAAAAGCUAUAGCGAUGAUAGAUACGUUCUUCUCAGAUGGGGACGCCGAGGAAUCAGUAUUAACAUCUGCAGCAGUAACUGACGGCCAAUUGGAAUUUAAACCAACUGAGGAUACGCAGAAAGAUUUUAAUUUUUAAAAUUUCUUUUUGCUCUAUCCCUUCCGUUGGUUUAAUCGAUUUGAAGCACACUAAUAUAUUAAAUGGCGUAUAAGUAAUUAUAAAAGUUUAAAAGUUAAAAUCAGAAAACUAUAAAUUUACCGUCUUUUGUCAUCUAAGACAGAUAUUAAACACAAUUUUUUGUCUUUUUUUU